UCCGAAGCCACGACGGGUCUUCCAUAUACAAAUAACUCAUGUUCAUCAUUCAACAGCGCAAUGAUCUGUCUGUUAUCUACGCCUAACCCGUAAAUGCAUGCACGGGACUCGGCAUUUAAUUUUAAACUCGUUGAUAUAAGAUACAUGAUCGCAGCCUUCCCCGUACGGUAUAUGAAGGAUGCAGAGAAUCGAAGCUGAUCCCGAUUUUGAAGACGAGGGAGCAGUCUUUGAUGCCGACUCGCUAUAUGGUGAUUCAACGACUUCUAUCACCUCGAGUAUCUUGAGAGGUGUAGAUGAGCAUGGUCGAACAUAUGCUGCAUAUGGUAAAAGCGGGUAUGGCAUGCCCAUAGACGGGGACGAAUUGGAUCGUAUCGACAUGAAACAUAGGAUGUACAGCAUGUUGCUAGAUGAAGAAUUGUUUCUAGCUCCGAUAGGCUCAAGCCCACACCGAGUACUUGACCUUGGGACUGGUAGUGGUAUUUGGGCUAUAGACUUCGCAGACCAAUUUCCGUCUGCGGACGUUCUUGGUGUCGACGUCGCUCCUAUCCAGCCAGAUUGGGUGCCUCCUAACUGCCACUUCGAAAUAGAUGACGUCGAGGAGCAAUUCACCUACCAUCAGAAAUUCGAUUUCAUUCAUUCACGCGAUUUCCUUUUUUCUAUUAAAGACUGGCCGCGCCUCGUCGGGCAAUGUUACGAACAGCUGGUACCCGGAGGCUACCUUGAGCUGCAAUGCCUCCUUCCUGUCCCCAACUGCGAUGAUGAUUCUGCACCCCCUGAAAGUGGCGUACCCAUCUUCUCCACCAAAGUCAUCGAAGCUAGCCAAAUCGUUGGCUGGUCAUUGUUAGAACCAAACAAUUUCGCCAAAUACCUCCGCGAAGCAGGAUUUGUGAAUGUCGUCGAGAAACGGUAUAAAGUCCCUACGGGCCCUUGGCCGCUCAACAAGAGAUUGAAGCUCAUUGGCGCAUUCGAGAUGCAAAGUCUGCUGCAAGGUGCUAGUGCCUUCAGUUUGAUGGCUUUCAGUAAAGCGUUCGGCUGGACCAAGGAAGAAACAGAAGUAUUUCUUGUUGCGUUAAGGAGGGAUGUAAAGAAUUUGAGGUAUCAUACAUAUUAUGAGUUUAUUGUGGCAUACGGACAAAGACCUAAGGAUGUAGGUACAACGAAAGAGGCAUCACCUGAAUCGCCAACUGCAGAGUCAGUGGGAAGCCCUGGCAAAACAGAAUCAGAGGAUAGCCCUCCCAAAGUUUAAAAGAAAGCAGCCGAAAGCAGCAGCUGGUUUGCUGCAAGAUAGUUAUUUUAUUAGGGGGUUAAAGAGGUGUGCUA